CUUGCACAGUCAUCAUUUUACGAUUAAAGGGAAAACUGAAUUUUGUGAAGUUAUCAAAGAAGGCUGUGUUAACUGUAUCCUGUGUAGUUUUGCCAGGUUGAAGACACAAUGACAGGAAACUGGUGGAGAGUAUUUUCAUUUUUGCUGCUGUCUGCGACGGCCGUUGAAGGGAGCACUUUUUAUAUGGACAACUCUACAGGGUCGUGUACCUCAAGCUACAAGGACAUGUACAUGUAUUCCUCCAGCCACACGGUGAAGGCGUGGAAUCCCGGCAAGACCCAAAUGUUUGCUUCCUACUGUUAUAUGGUUUUCAAUGGAUAUUUGAACAAAUUGGCGAUGAAUUUUUCUUCCUUUUCUGCUACCAGCUCCAUCAAUCUUAGAUUUGACGAUUUUUAUGGAUAUUCUCUCAAGGAGUUGUUAAUUUUAGAUAACUCAAGCUCGACCCCAUCAUCCACGUACUAUACAAUCGGGCCCUAUCUGCGUGUAAACCUCACCAUGUCCAUCCCCUACAGCACAGGAUAUAGUUUUGAGUUCAACGUGUGGAUAUACAACGGCACUUCAACCACGCUGGGGACCCGGGCACUUCCUAUCUCAAUGGACAACAGCCAGCACUGUUCUCCAAAUUUCAUAUAUGUGAACAGCGGCCAGUACCUGUGGGUGACCGCAUGGUCCCCUUCCAACACCUACAGGUCCACUACCAGCUCUUGCACCAUGUACUUCAGGCCAGCGAACUCUGUAGACAUUAUGGCUAUCUCCUUUGCAUCUGGAAGUCUUUCCAUCAGCAACAGCCAUGUGACGUUGAGUUUUUAUGACGAGACCGGUACCUCCAGGGAUAAGCUUAAAUCGAAGGGAGGGUCAGCCCCCCUGAACCCCAUCUAA